UACGCUUGGCGUCUUGCUAGGCGCAUCAGCUUCACAUCACGGCCAGCUUGAUCCGGGAUCAUCAGACCGUAUCCGGCCUUGACCUGCGCCACUUCACCUGAACCCUGCUGCCGUGGAGCCCAUCAUCGCGAACGCCAUCAUCGACGACCUCCUCAUGCGGCUGGCCGGAGCUCGUCAUGGACAACAAGCCAGCCGCCCCAAAAUUCGCGUCCUUCAAGCCCAAGUCUCGAGAUCCACCAGCCUCUUCUGAGCCCCCCACAUCAAAUGAGGCCACCCAGGUGGAAAGGACGCGACAUGUUCCAAGGUUCUCCUCCUUCAGACAGGCCUCUGACGGCCCACAAAAGCCAUCUGAUUCUGAUGCACCAAGUGACCAUAAGAGCCGCGCCCAUCAUCGGAGCAGACAUUCCAAGUCAGCCUCCCACCAUCGCCAUCGCCGUCAUGAGCGGCACCGUUCUCCCAGUGCCGAGAGGCGGAAAUCUCCAUCCCCGCCCCCAAGAAAACCAGCUCCCAAGGAAGAGCCCUUGUUCAUCACCGACAAACGGGGGGACUCACUGAUUGUGAGAUACGGAUCAAACGAUCGAUCCAAGGUUCCCACAUAUCGUCGCUAUGGUGCAGGCAGGGUCAUGGGGGCGACAGGUCGGCUUCGCCUGAUAUACGACGGCCCAAAGCAGCUGUUCAGCCUGGGCGGCAAGCUGGGAGACGGCCCGUCCGCGUUUCGAGACAGGAACAUCUUGGCCAAUGCAUCCCGAAAGAAGGUGCAGGUCUUCAGGUUGCGCUCAACGCCAGGUCACGAUCAGAAAGAGCUCAACCAAGACUGGUAUGAUUACAUCCCCAUGUCGGACUCUCGCAAGCGCAAGAGGGCCAUCACUGGGCCUGAAGAUGUCUCCGAGGACGAUGGGCCCGAUUAUCGGUCAAUACAGGGCAAGGCUAAGGCCCGUGACUUCGUUGACAGCGACCUCGAAUCUGCUGGUACCUCGGACUCUGAGAACGAGCCCCUAGUCGACGUGUCUGACCCUGCAAGGCAGAAGUCUAUCGAGUCAUCUCGACGCGUCAAGGACCAUCCCGAGGAUGUAGAAGCCUGGAUGGCUCUUGUUGAGCUCCAAGAAUCGCUCCUCCGACUGGAUGAGCACGCUCGCCAGGAGAGGAGUGAUGACGAAGCCAAAGGUCUAGCAAGCAUUAGAGUCUCUCUACUUGAGGAGGCCCUGCCUUCUGCGCCCGACAAGAAAGGUCGUGAAAGACUGCUCUUGAGACUGAUGCGCGAGGGCUCUAGAGUAUGGGGCAGUAAGACACUGGCGAAACGCUGGGCCGAAGUUAGUCGCGAGGACGACAGCUUCGCAAUGUGGAAGGCGCAUCUGGAUCAUAGGCUCUCCAACAUGGCGACCUUCACGUACGGCGAACUGAAGAAAGUGCAUGUUGAACGUUUACAGCUGCUGAGGCAACGUCUGGCUGACAAUGACAUGAGCAGCACCGACACGCUCUCAUCAGUCGGCAUCUGCAAUGAGCUUGUCUAUGUCUUCCUGAGGACCACGCGGUUCAUACAAGACGCUGGCUACUCAGAGCUGGCAGUUGCCGCGUGGCAGGCCAUCCUAGAGCUCAACUUUGCCCGGCCAAGCGAUGCAUCCGAUCUAGAGGCUGAGGAUCUGAUGUCAUCCUUCGCUGAUUUCUGGGAGAGCGAAGUCCCUCGGAUCGGCGAGGACAAUGCCAAAGGGUGGGUGCAUUUUGCGGGGGCAGAAGAAAUGGCAGAUUUACCAGAAUCGAGGCCCGAUCCACCUGCUGCACCGCCCGGGACGAGAGACGUCUAUAAAGCCUGGGCUGCUUUAGAAACGCACCGAGACAAGGCUGCGGGACUUCCUGCUCGAACCCUGGAUGAAGGCACAGAAGACGAUCCGUUUCGUGUGGUUAUGUUCUCCGAUCUGAAGCCAAUGAUGUUCUAUCUGCCAUCAUCCCUUUUGACAUCAAUGAAAGAGUUGCUGAUAGACGCGUUCCUUCUCUUCAACCAAUGCCUACCAGCGUCUAAAGUGCCAGGCUCCAUGAUACAAGAGGCACUCAGCGACCCGUUCGUAUACGGCAACGUGGUCGCAACUGAGGAGCUGAUCCCGAGGAAGAACCAUGAUUCGGAGGAAACAGGAAAGAAAGAGCCAAGGUUCACACAACCCAACCGCCAUAUGGCCUUGUCCACAGAUGUUCUUUUCGCGGGAGAAGACUGGUUCAGCUAUUUUGAACAUUCGCUACCGUCAGAGGUUGGCUUGGUUCUCAGGGCCACGACGCAGUUAGCUUUGGAUUUUGGUCUCGAGUCUGUCGGGGAAUACAGUCUGGCCGUGGCGUGGAAGCAGGACCCAGGCACAGUCAAAAAGGCGGCAAAAAAGCUGCUGAAAAAAUAUCCAUCGAACACACGUCUGUACAAUGCAUACGCUCUUGCAGAAUGGCGGUUGGGCAAUAAAGACGUGACGAGGAAAGUUCUCCUGUCUGCGACGAGCCAGGAACUACCACGGAAGCAGCCUCUGUGGAAUACCUUCGCCUGGCUGGAACUUGAAGCUGGGAACAAGCAAAAGUCGUUGGCUUUGUGCGUCUUUUCAACAGAAGAUCAAAGAGAUCACGACAUGGUCGACCGAUCACUUGACACGCAGGAUGCCAUAGCCCCAAGUAAGCUAUUGAAGGCGCAGCAAGUGCUAUCCUCACAGAGAGACUUUCUGCUCUCCUCCGGGGACCUCGGCCAAGCGUGCGAGUACGCUGAGGCACUCUCCCUGUUUGAGUAUCUCUCCAGCGAAUCCUCAACGGAACCCAUGUCAUCGCAACAAGGCAGCAUCUCGGCAGCAGUGAACAGCAUCCAAGCCUUCGCCUCCGACGUCGCAUCCCGCAAGCAAGGGUCCUCUCCCGACCUCGAGCGGCUCCUCCAGUCCACGGCGCACCUCCUCUACCUCCACGCCAGCAGGGGCCCGUUCCGGCCGCCCUUCGUCAGGGACCAGCUGCACUCAUUCCUCAAGCUCUUCCCCUCCAACACCAUCUUCCUGAACCUCCUCGCCUGGGCCGACACCAGCCUCCUCCUCAACGACCCCGUCCGCGAGGCGCUGCGGGCCCUCGUGCUCAAGGGCCCGCACGACCGCGUCGGCAGCAGGGUCUUCGCCAUCCUCCACGAGCUGGACGCGGGCACGGUGCACUCUGCGCGCGCGGCGUUCGAGGCGGCUCUGGACAGCGACAACUGCAGGGGCAGCGCGGGCCUGUGGCGCGCCUACGUGCGCUUCUGCCACCGGCACAGGAAGGAGCUCAGGGGCAAGGCGGUGGAGGUGUUUUACAGGGCCGUCGGCGCGUGUGCGUGGUCCAAGGACGUUGCUAUGGGGGCUUUUGGGACCCUCGUGGGGGAAAUGGACUCGGGUGAUCUGAGGGGUGUGUAUGCUGCGAUGGUGGCCAAGGGCUUGAGGAUCCAUGUGGACCUGGAAGAGUUUAGCAAGGAGUGGUCGAGGGCUUCGAAGAGCAAGGACAAAUCAAGAUUUUGAGAGGGCUGUGAAAGGCAAUCACUCACAUGUCAGAGAAAAUGCUCCCAGACAGUCAAUUCGAUGCAUUAUCUCACCGACCAGUGGCCACAUGUCCAAAAUGCUGGUUGGUCCUGUCAGCUCGAU